UGGGCUCAAACUACAACAUCUAGGCGUGCCAAAGUGGCCAGCAUGGCACAAAUGGACAUCUCAUCUAUUCCACUCACAACCAAACCCAUAACAACUCGUGGGUCUUCUAACUCUGUCGCAACGACCGCCUCCUUUAGGAGCUCCAAUGGGACAAGCAACAGCAACAGCAACCACACUAACAGUAACCGCAAGGACGGUGGCUCUGUCACCUCAGAUGAUGGUACUGUCUCUGAAGACUCUGAUCUAACUCGGGACGACAUCUUACACCUAUUGUCAGGCGGUCAGGCCGGUGUGGCUGGUGGUAUCAGCUUACCCUUCGAUGGUUCCAGUCGGCAUAGCAACAGCACCUCAACAUCCAAAGUCGGUGUGGUAGGAGCCGGUUCCGGAGGAAGCACAGGUCGGCCGCGAACAGGCGAGUACGGUUGGAUACACUGUGGGCACAUCAGCGUCUGGAUCAACAGUUGGAUCAAACCCUUCAUCCUCAUUGCAUCUAGGGGUUGGAAGUCUCACAACAAUAAUAACAACAAUAGUUAUACCAGUGGCGGCGGAGGAGAUGACGCAUCCUCUGCAAUUAGUGUGAACUCCACAGUCUCUACCUCGACUCAUCUGACUACCCGAUCAAACAAGGGUAACAUUUCCGCAGCGGCAGCAGCUAAUGCAGCAGCCAAUAAACAAGCCGAAGACAGUCGGCCCUCACUUCUAUCGAUCAACCAAUCCCUUGAGACUACUGUUCGGAAACAAGCAAGUAGAGUCCAAGAGCUCGAAACGCGAUUACAGUCUGAUGAUCAGGUCUUUAAACGACUGUGUUUCUCGAUUGAGCAAAUGAUCUGUGAGGCUAAGCAGGCUUUAGACCAAGCGACAAAAUCCACUGGUAUGCGAGUUUUUCGCUUUAUGAAGUGUGUAAAAGGAAUCGCUGAAACAGAAGAAAGUAUUAGAGACGAUGCUGAAGAUCAAGAUGACGACGAUACUCAAUCUGUAGAUCAGGAUCAAGAGGAGCACGGAACGAGCAAUAGAUAUUCAAUAGAGGCCACGAGGCAAUAUGAAGAUAGCACAGGUCAGAAAUUACAAAACAGCAAUCCUAAUGGCGAAAAUAACAGGUCCUCAUUAGCAUCCCCUCUCAGUAACAAAAAAGAAAAAUACCCAGGAACAUAUAGCGCACCAUCAUAGUUACAGUUUUGUUUUAAUUUAGUCAGCAUCAGAAGGAAAAAUAUAUAUAGUUUAUUAAAACGUCUG